CUCCACUUAAAGGACAAGAGGAGGUUUGAAAAGGCCAACCGCGACGGAGCUUCCGGCCUGGACCUGAACGAAUUCAUUGCGUUCGAACAUCCUGAGGAAGCGGAAUAUAUGAAGGAGUUUGUUAUCCAUGAGGCUUUGGAAGAUCACGAUAAAGACGGCGAUGGAUUUGUGAACCUGGAGGAGUUCCUCGGGGACUACCGAAGAGAUCCGGCUGCUAGCGAAGAUCCAGAGUGGAUACUCGUCGAGAAGGAUCGAUUCAAGAACGACUACGACAAGGAUCACGACGGGAGACUCGACCCCCAAGAGCUGCUGGGUUGGGUGGUGCCGAAUAACGAGGGGAUCGCUCAGGAGGAGGCCGUCCACCUUAUCGAAGAAAUGGACUCCGAUGGCAACAAAAAGCUUUCCGAAGCCGAGAUUCUUGGGAACCAGGAUUUGUUUCUCAACAGCGAAGCCACCGAUUAUGGCAGGCAGCUCCACGAUGAACGUUUCUACCACGAGGAACUUUAAUUUCCAAGCGACUGACCUUUGUCUGUUCUUCUUCGUUCCGGAACUGGUUUCAAGCUUUGAAGGCAAAAAAUGAAAUUUUAAAAAAAGCAGAUUUUUCUGUGGCUGUAAUAUACAGGCGUCAGCAGCUAUAUCUUUGCAUUCUCAAGCGUUCUUUUCACCUGUGCAUUGCUUUGAAUGUCUUUGGCCUUUCAGCACUUGGUUGCCACAGAAUUAGCUUUAAAAAGAAAUGACAGGGAGAACUUCUCAAGCCUUCUUUGUUUUAGUGCUACUUUUUGAAACGUACUUGAAAAUGCAAAGAUUUGACAUUAUGGUGAGGCAGAGGAUUACCAUUAGUUUCUGAUAGGUUGUUUCUUAGCGUUUUGGAAAGAGGGAAAAAUAAAACAGAGGAAAUAGUUCGGUUUGGGUUCCGCAUUCUAAUCAUCCUUCAGUAGGACUGUUUGGCAGGGUUAACAAGCCUUAUUUACCUCUAAGGCUUCUGUGUAUAUUAAAUAACUUCUCUAGAGGGUGUUUAUAAGAUCUGGGAAUCUUAUUUUUGCAUCUAGACUAGUGAUUAUUUUUAUUGUAAUUGAGAUAGCGUUAGAGAAUGUAACGUAUUUAAGUGAAAACGUUUACUGUCAAAUUAAAGCAUUGAAAU